GGCGGGGCGGAGGAGCUCGCUGCCGUGCGGAGUGUUCAGCAGCAGAGUGGUGGCACUACGCCGCCUCGACGGGCCGUAGUACCUCCGGAGGGGACAGGGGAGAACUGCUUCCUGUGCCGGGCUGAGGAGUCUUUGCCCCUAGGGACGUGGUGGGGUGGGGAUUCCCUGCGGCGCUUGUCGAGCGAGUCCGCCGCCUCCCGGGGCCUGUCCUGGGGCCUGCUUGCCUCUGGUAGUGCGGGCCGGGCGGGAGGCGAGCCCCGGGGGGAGGGGAUUGCUGGGCUAGGGCAGGAAACUUCUGGAUAUUGCUGAAUGCUGUGACUGAAUACAGAUGUUUCAAGUUGGCUGAUUUUUGAAAGAAAGUGCUGCGGCUGACAACAGUUUGUCUAGUGAGUUGGCUGGUGGACAAAUCAAGCCUCGGGAAACAGCAUCAAAGUCUCAUACUUUCAAAAACAAAUCCUUUAAGAAAUCCAAAAUUUGUGGAUUCUGCAAACAAGUAAUUGAUAGCCAAGGCAUUUCAUGCAGAGUUUGCAAGUAUGCCUGCCACAGGAAAUGUGAAGAGAAGCUGUCCAUCCUCCUGACCUGAGGCUGUCCGUGCUUGCUCAGAUGGAGUCUCUCAGUCACCAAUGCGGUGGAAGCAGAUCUCGUUUAUUCCCCAGGAUGCUCCCGGUGCCUCUCUGCAACAGGUAUGAAGCCCUGAAUGUGGAAGGCCUGUCUGAGGUGGUGACACCUUGCCUUCUUCUGAGCAACUACCAACUGGCAAAUAACUUGGAAGCCUUUGAAAAUCAUGUAACCAGAACUAAUUCCAGCAGUGUUUGGAAGAACUCUUUCAGUUGUGACAAAGGAUCACAAAAGUGCCAAAGUGCAGACUUUCAUCACAUUAUGGAGGAGGGCUAUGAACUUGACCUCACUUACAUCACAGAGCGGAUCAUUGCUGUAUCCUUCCCUGCUGACUCUUCUGAGGAAACUUACUUCCACAAUCUACAAAAUGUAACACAAAUGCUCAAAUCCAAACACGGGAAUAAUUACCUGGUGAUAAACCUUUCUGAAAAGAGGUAUGACCUUACCAAACUUAACCCAAAGAUUAUGGAUGUGGGGUGGCCUGAUCUGCAUGCACCACCUCUUGAUAAGGUGUGCACCAUCUGCAAGGCUAUGGAGUCAUGGCUGAAUAAUGAUCCUCAACAUGUGGUGGUGAUCCAUUGCAAAGGAGGAAGAGGAAGGAUUGGCGUAGUCAUAUCAUCAUAUAUGCAUUUUACCAAUGUUUCUACAAGUGCUGAUCAGGCUCUAGACAGAUUUGCUAUGAAGAAAUUCUUUGAUGAUAAAGUUUCAGCUUUAAUGCAGCCAUCCCAGAAAAGAUAUGUGCAAUUUCUAAGUGGCCUUCUAUCUGGAUCCGUGAAAAUGAAUACAGCUUCACUUUUCCUGCACCAUGUUAUCUUUCAUGGCAUCCCAAGCUUUGAUGCUGGGGGAGCUUGUCGACCUUUUCUGAAGUUAUACCAGGCUACGCAACCUGUGUAUACAUCUGGAAUAUAUAGCGUAGAAUCAGAAAAUCAAAACCGAAUCUGCAUUGCUAUAGAGCCAGCCCAGCUUUUGAAAGGAGAUGUAAUGCUGAAGUGUUAUCAUAAAAAAUACCGAUCAGCUACUCGUGAUGUGAUUUUUCGCCUUCAGUUUCAUACUGGAGCUGUUCAAGGAUAUGGGUUGGUGUUUGGUAAAGAGGACUUAGACAGUGCCAAUAAAGAUGACCGUUUCCCUGAUAAUGGCAAAGUGGAAUUAGUGUUUUCAGGAACUCCAGAGAAAAUUCAAGAUGUUAAUUUUUUAGGAUGUGAACACCUUCAGAAUGAUCAUGGAGUGGUAGUUGAUCACAAUACCUCAGACCCGCUGAUACGCUGGGACUCCUAUGAAAAUAUGAGCUCUGAUGGGGAAGUGCUGCAUACCCAAGGUCCUAUUGAUGGCAGUCUGUAUGCAAAAGUAAGAAAGAAGAGCUCUUCAGACAGCAGCAUCCCUGGUGUUGCUCAAGGUAUUCUCGUGACCAGCAGUCCUGAUCACAGAGAUCAUACCCUGUCUGUCAGCAGUGAUUCAGGACAUUCAACCGCUUCCAUCAGGACAGACAAAACUGAAGAGCGCAUUAUGCCAGGAGUCAAACGGGUUCUGAGCCCACAGGAGAAGGCAGAACUGGACAAACUACUUAGUGGCUUUGGUUUGGAGGACUCUAUCAGCAACACCAAGAGUAUGACUGAUGCUGGAAGCAAGUAUAGUGGGACUCACCACAUAGUGCCAGCUCAGGUUCAUGUGAAUGGGGACACCAAACUGAAGGACAGGGAGACCGAUAUUCUGGAUGAUGAAAUGCCUAACCAUGAUCUUCACAGCGUAGACAGCAUUGGGACUUUGUCUUCUUCAGAAGGGCAGCACUCCACCCACCUAAGUAAUUUGAGUUGCCCCAAGAGCAGUCAGAACUCCCUUCUCUCUGAUGGCUUUGGAAGUAACACAGGGGAAGACCAUCACAGUGCCAUUGCCCCAGACCUGGGAAUUGGUGUGGAUCCCCUCUAUGAAAGAUCAUUUGGAAACACUGAGCCGAAGUCAACUCAGCAAUUGCAAAGGAAUCCUUGUGUCUCACCCCAACCUCAAGCCUAUGACCCAAGUAACUACUCUACUCACACCUGGGUUUGUCAGCAGCAGAUGGUGACUGCUCACCAAUAUGGUUUUGCAUCACAGAAUGAAAUGAGGGUUGGCAUUCAUAAAACUGUGGAGAACUUAGGCAUUGUCCAAAGUCAGUCCCAGAUCCCAGACAUGCUGACACAUGGCUCCAGCAGUAAAGAUGCUGUUCAGAGAGGACUAGGAAGCAUACCAGGUGUUGCUGAAGGUGCAGAACCUGCAGAGGGUGAGAGUUUUACGUCAGAGCUAGUGCCUCAGAGGGACACAAAUAGCCAGGAUGUUGGACCGAAUGCAGGGGACCUACCAGCUUCUCCAACUUUGGAUAUUGAUCAGUCUAUUGAACAACUGAACAGGCUGAUUUUGGAAUUAGACCCUACAUUUGAACCUAUCCCAACUCGCAUUAACACUGUCACCAGGGACACAAAUCAAGCAAAUGGCUUCACUAGCCAAAAUACUGAUGUGGAAGAGCUUGUCAUGAGCCCUGGCAUCCAUGAGAAAUUAGAGGUCACAAACAGGAAUGCCUUCCAAAAUGGUUCAAAGGAUGAUGAUGCAACAGUGGGAAGGAACAGAAAAUUAAGUGUUGGACAGUAUGACAAUGAUUUCCCUGGGCAGCCACUAUAUAGCAGAUGUGGAUGGAUGAAGUCUCUUGUUGCUGACCAGGCUGUAAAUCCAGAAUCACUAAUCCCUGUGGGGGAGACCAAAGAGAUGUCUGUGGCAUCUUACCAAGAUGAAAUAUAUGGAGGAAUCUUCUCCCUAGCCAGAGAAGGAAAUGAAGAUGUCCCAUCCGCACAGGCUUUUUCACUGCCAACAGAGACACCAUAUGUGAAAACACCUCCACAGUACCAUCAGCGGAUUUCCUCCAGCCGAAUGGUCAGCAGCCCAUCUGAGCUGUACAAAACCAGUCCUGAAUCUCAGAGUUACACAGAAGCCCUUAACCAUCCUACAAUAGUGUCUGACAAAACCAUAGACACUAACCCUGCUUUGCUGAGAGCCAACAUGCAGGUGGAUCCUUCCUUUCAACGCUGUUUAGUGUCUUCAUGUACAGCUUCAAGUAACAGUUCUAUGCCAGUGGAAGAAAGCUCUCUUGCAACAGAACAUCCUUGGCUUGAAAGCAGCCCUAAAUCUUCCCAAUUGUUCCAGCUUUCAACAGGAAGUAGCAGGCCAACAGGAAGUUAUCACAUGCCUUCUGAAUUUUCAAACCCUGUGCAAGAUGAUUCUCUUUUGUCUUGUUUCCAUACCCCAGUGCUGCAAGUUGUCACCCUGAGCAGCCUGGAGAAAUCACCAGCAGAGCAACAGCAAGAACCUGCUUUCAGUAACAGUGCUCAGGCUUACCGAAGCUACAAUGGGGCCAACAUGGGUAUUAGUUCCCCCCAAGAGGAGAAACAAGCUACUUUCAUAGCCAACACUAGCAUCUCUCCUAAAACCAUGAGCUCAUCUGUAGGAAGUGCAGAGGACAAUGGCGUUUUGGCCCCAAACUUUAUUGUGAUGACCUCUGGACAUGUUAGUGAGAACAGUGCAGUUCAUCCGUGCCUUGGAGGGAACCUACAUUCUCAACCACCUCUUCCAGAGAAAAAGAGGUCCUCUGAAGGGGACCGUUCCUUCAUCUCCAUCUCACCUGCUUCAAGUGGUUUCUCAAGCCCCCACAGUGGAAGCACAAUCAGCAUCCCCUUCCCAAGCGUUCUUCCAGAUUUCUCAAACAUUUUAAACACUUCCCCAGUGCCAGAAAACACAACAGAUAAACAAGUGACUGUAAAAUUUGUCCAGGACACAUCCAAGUUUUGGUAUAAACCAGAUAUUUCAAGAGAACAAGCCAUUGCUGUUCUCAAGGACAAGGAGCCUGGGUCAUUUGUUGUUCGAGACAGUCAUUCUUUCCGGGGAGCCUAUGGGCUAGCAAUAAAAGUUGCUACACCACCUCCUUCUGUGCUGCAGUUGAACAAGAAAGUUGGAGAUUUGUCAAAUGAACUUGUAAGGCAUUUUCUGAUUGAAUGCUCUCAGAAGGGGGUUCACUUGAAAGGAUGCCCAAAUGAACCAUGCUUCGGGAGUUUGACCGCUCUGGUGUACCAACAUUCCAUUACUCCUCUGGCGUUGCCCUGUAAGCUCCUCAUCCCAAACAGAGAUCCAUUGGAAGAGAUAGCAGAAACUUCUCCACAGUCUGCUGCAAACUCAGCAACAGAACUUCUCAAACAGGGUGCAGCAUGUAACGUUUGGUAUCUGAAUUCAGUGGAGAUGGAGUCCCUCACAGGCUACCAAGCAGUACAGAAAGCCUUGAGCCUGACGCUGAUGCAAGAUCCUUCUCCCAUCUCAACCAUUGUCCAUUUCAAGGUGUCUGCACAGGGAAUCACACUGACAGAUAAUCAAAGAAAACUCUUUUUUCGGCGACAUUAUCCAGUCAACACUGUUAUUUUCUGUGCUUUGGAUCCACAGGACAGAAAAUGGAUGAAAGAUGGCCUUUCUGCAAAAGUAUUUGGGUUUGUUGCUAGGAAGCAAGGCAGUGGCACAGACAAUGUGUGCCACCUAUUUGCAGAGCACGAUCCAGAGCAACCUGCCAGCGCCAUUGUGAAUUUUGUGUCAAAGGUCAUGAUUGGAUCCCAGAAGAAGAUCUGACUGUUUUCCAACCUUGAUUCAAGAGCUCUUCACUGACUUCAUUGAAGAAAAGCACUGUGAUAUGGAGAAAGCCUUAUCAGCAGGAAUGUCAAUCCCAAGAAAGAGUUCAGCCUUUUAUUUGAAGAUGCCUCUGAUUUAGCAAAACAUUACUUGUUUCUUUUCAUUUCAAAGGACAAUGCAAAAGAAAUUGGAUGUCACCCAAACCUGUAGCCCAUAUCUAAAUGAAGCAUAAAUGAAAAGCUUUUCUCCUGAAGGAUUUCUAAUAUUAUUUUCACAUUUCAUCAUUUAUUGGAGCAGAAAUACUCACUCACUACUAGACUGUGCUAUUUUUAUGCAGAAAAUAAUUAAUAUAACCUCCACAAAGAAACUUGAUAUAGUUGCAUCAAUGGUAGCUAUAGGCCCUGCAAACAUGUUUUUAAGGAGGCCAUUUGCUCUUUCCUUCAUCUUUUUGGGAAUCAGUGAUGGGAACUGAAUGGAGAAAGGGGAAGAUGUAUGUGAAAAGAAGGUUUGUGUAAGUUGGUUUAUGAUAAGAAAUGAGCAGCGGUGUGGAAGACUGCACUGUAUUUAGUGUAAAGAAGAGUGGGCAGUUCUAAUGGGAAUGGUUUCAAACAGAAUAGAUAGCAGAACAGAAAAAAGUGGUUGCGUGGAAACAUAUUCUGUAAUUGUAUUUUUUUAACUUUUUUAAUACUAAGAACUAAGGGAAAGUACUAUGUUUUAAUAAUUGCAGAAUAAAAAUUAGGGAAAAGCAAAUAAUUUUUUAUAACUUAUAUAUUUUUGCCUGUGCCAGAUUAUUUAUAGUAAACCUCAGAUCUUGAUAUUUCAUAUGGCUAUUUGUGAAAAAGAAUGUUGAUGUUUGCCCUUCAGCACUAUUUUGUCUAAGUAAAAGUAUACCUUGCUAUAGACAAUAGAGUUUCAUAUUUUUACUUUUGCUUUAGAGUGACAAGCUAAUUCUUGUUUCUGUGCCUCUUUGCAAAACUGCUUUGGCAGUAGUAUUUGUUGCCUUUCUAAUUCUUAUGUAAUUGGGUUCUUUUUGGUCCCCUUUUUAUUGGACACUUGGGGAUAUAUUUUUGAAUUUUUUAAUCUGAAGGAACAAUUUUUAUGGUUUAUAAUUUUUAAUAAUUCCUUGAGACAAGAAAUCCAAAGUUGAACUUAUUUUGUUACUGUCCAGUUUCUUGAGAUCAUUUCUGUCAUUAUUUGUAUAGCUGUCACAUCUGUAAGUAUCUCUGUAUAUCUUUCUAAACACAUCUGUAUUUUAACUGCAUAACAAAACGCUAGUUAGCUUUAUAGCAAUGCUAUAUUACAGGAAAUUGAUACAAUAGGUUAGAGUGGUAAUAUUCACAAGUCAGGUAAGCCAUCUGAGAUCUAUUGUGUAAUUCGCAUUCACUCCAAAAAGAACAGUUCUAGACAUCCAUAUUAGAACUGAGGAUAAUAAAGCAACCUCAAUGUGACAGUACUAAAAGUUUUAUUGUUUCUAUUUCUUUUAUGAGUUGCUGUCAAUGUUUCAUUAAUAACCUGUGGAAUAAAAUUUUGCAUUCAGCAUACUGGAUGCAUGAGGCACUGGAUUAGCUAGUAUCUUUGAGGGUUUCAUCCUUUAAUCCUCUUUUACUAAAUAAUGACUAAAUCAAAUUGAAAAAUCUGAUAAGAGCAAUGUGAUCACAAGGUUCCACCAACCUUAAUGGUGUUUAUCCUGUAUAAUUGAUGAUCUGAUUUUUAUUAAUAGCUUUCAUCCUGAUUUUCCUUAAGUAUUGAGACUAUGGAAACCUUAUUCAGUCACCAUACCCCAAAAUAUUACCAAAUUGCUUGAUUAACUAACAGUUUUCUGUAAACAACCUUAUGAAUAACCCCUUAGAAGGAGGGGGAAUGAGAAAAAGAAUAGAUUUGAAAUCUAAUAUAUUGGGACCAGAAAGUGGUGCAUUAGUAACAAUAGACACUGGAUGUCAUAGAAGGGUGAAGCAAUCCAAAGUAUUGUAGCUACCAUUGAAGCAACAAAUGCAAGUGCUAUUAAUUUUUACCAAAUUAUUUUCUUCUGCUGCAGAGGUAUACUGCUUAAACUGUGUUUAUGCACCAUUCAGAAAUGCAAUUUUUAUUUUCAGGAGUUUUGAUUCUUUUGAAACAUAUGGACACAAGUUCCUUUCAGUAUUUUUUCGAUGUACCAAGUAUGCAGUUGCCUAAUCUGGUCAGAAAGCUGGAGUGAAGUGAAUUCCUUCAGCUGACAUCUCAAUUAGAUUGUCGGAUUUCUGGGGAGAAAAACGUUACACAAUAAAUCUGAGGUUCUAUGAGCAUUUAAAUGAGAAGGAUUUUUUAAUAUUUUUUUUCACUUUUUUAGGUGAUAGUUAAAUUUGAGUGUGCCUUUCUAGACACCAAGUCUUGGCCUCUGGUCUUUUUUUAUGAUGUAUUGUCAUUUCCAUUUGGGGCUUCGCUUUUCAUUCUUUAUAUGUUCUCAUGGCCUUCUGAAUUCAAAAACAUAAGGAAUUGAAUGUUACUACUCCUGGUGGUGUUUCCUGGGAGUUCAGACUUAUUUGGUAAGUGGGAAAAAGAAAUUGCCCUUUUUCUGAGGUAGUUUUUCUACUAUGCAUUCCUUUGGACGGUAUAUUGUCACAUGCUUUUGCUUUUUAAUGAAUUAAAAAUUGCACAAAGCAAAACAGUUCAUUAUGUACCAUUGUGUAGUGUAUGUAGAAGGAUAUUGACUAAAGUUUGUGAGAAAUACAGGAUUAAAUAGUUAAUGCAGCACUUCUUUUGAAGGUUUUUGUUAGAUCUGUAUAUGCAGUUUCAGAACUAAUGCCAGCAAGUUGACACAUAUAUUUAGCCAGGCUCCUAUUAACCUGCUUGUUAUACUAAUUAUAGUAUUAUAAUUUUACAGUGCUAAGCCACAAAAAUGCUGAAAAUCAUGUUUUUAAUUAAAUGGUUUCUAUGUAUCCAACAUUAUCAUUAAAAAUUGAAUGUUUACUUCUUUUAUUUACCAACUAGUGAAAAUGUUUGCCUUUUCUUGAAACCAUAAGGCAACAAAAGGUUUCCAGUAUGUAAAUUAAUGUUCUAUAAAUUCUUUGUAUAGUCAUUUUCUCUGCUUUUCAAAUAUUGCCUUGAUUCAGAUUAUAAUAAAAUUAUGAAUGCGAAAUUUCACAGCACACAGUUACAGGUAGUCUUUUCUGAAAGACAGUUACUUUCCUGCAUUCAAAACCAAUUAAUGAAGGAAGUCUUGGCGAGAUGGGAAAAGAGUGAGUGCUGAAGCAAGAGUUUAGUUUUGUUUUAUAAAAAUUACUUUCAAGGAUCUGACUCCACAAACUUCUGUGGAGUCUUAGCUAUUCAAGUGUAAUCUAAGCAUGUGAUUUUCCUAGUUCAUUUGCUUUUAAAAUAGCAUAAGCCUGCACUGUAUAUUUCAGUGUAAGAAGGAAGAAUUUAUGAUGUCACCUUCUGAGAUGUCUGUAUGCAUUUAAAUGACUUCCACUGCUCCAUCACCGUGACUACAUUAGAAGAACUUCCAGAGGAGCAUGGAGAAGGUGGGUAGGAGGAAAGUUGGAGAGGUUAGAAAUCUAACCCCUAAUUGAAGUUGCUCUCUGUAUACAAAAUCUGUGCAUCAGUCCCAUGUUAAAGAUUUUUUUUUAAUUAUAUAUGUAUUUUAUUAGGAUUACUUCUGAUAAUGAUAAGCUCUAGUGUACAAUGCUAAUGCCUUUUCUGUGAGGCAUGGGCUGGCAGGGAUUUCUAUUCUGUGUGCUUGACUGGAAGACAGGUAUGGGGAGCAGAAUAAGCACCCCCACAGUUCAGGAGGAAACAGCAACCUACUUCUCCACCUAGACUAUCACAAGUCUAUGGAGCCAGAUGGAAUCCACCCAAGGGUACUGAGGGAGCUGAUGGAAGUGCUUGCCAAGCUAUUUUCUAUCAUUUAUUAGCAGUCCAUGUCAACCAGGAAGGUUCCAGACAACUACAGACUUGCCAGUGUGAUGCCUAUCUACAAAAAUGGUCAGAAGGAAAAUCUGGGAAACUACAGGCCUGUCAGCCUGACCUCUAUAUCAGGGAAGGUUAUGGAGCAGAUCAUCUUGAGAGUGGUCACACUCCUUGUGCAGGACAACCAGGGGGGAUCAGGCCUAGCCAGCAUAGGUUCAUGAAAGGCAGAUCUUGCUUGACCAACCUGAUCUCCUUCUAUAAUCAGGUGACCUGCCUAGUGGAUGAGGGAAAGACUGUGGACUUAGUCUGCCUAGACUUCAGUAAAGCCUUUGACACUGUCUCCCACAGCAUUCUCCUGGAGAAAGUGGCAGCUCAUGGCUUAGAUAGGUGUACUCUUUUCUGGGUAAAAAACUGGCUGGAUGACCAGGCUUAGAGACUGGUGGUGAAUGAAGUUAAAUCCACCUGAAGCACAAACUUUAUGAGGAGCAGCUGUGGGAACUGAGAUUGUUUAUUCUGGAGGAGGCUUAAGGGAGACCUUAUCGCUUUCUACAACUACCUGAAAGGAGGUUGUAGCAAGGUGGGGGUUGGUCUCUUCUCCUAAGUUACUAGUGAUAGGAUGAGAGGUAAUCCAGCUGUGGCAGGGGAGGCUCAGGUUGGAUAUGCGGAAAGAUUUCUCAUCUGAAAGAGUGGGCAAGCAUUGGAACAGGCUGCCCAGAGAAGUGGUGGAGUCACUGCCCCAGAAGUUUUCGGGAAACAUGUAGAUAUAGUUCUUAGGGACAUGAUUUAGUGGGCAUAGUAGCGAUAGGUUGAUAGUUAGGCUUAAUCUUGGAGAUCUUUUCCAAAUGUAAUGAUUCUUUGAUUCGUAUGAGGAAAGGCUGAGAGAGCUGGGACAAUUCAGCCUAGAGGAAAGAAGGCUUGAAAGGAUCUUAUAUAGGGGAAAAAGGAGCAAAGAGGAUAGAGCCAGGCUCUUUUUCGGUGGUACCCAGGGAUAGGACAAGAGGCAAUGGGCAGAAACUGAAACAUGGGAGAUUCCUCUGAACAUCAGAGAACUUUUUUUUUUUUACUGUGAAGACAGCUGAGCCCUGAGCCCUGGCACAAGUUGCUAAGAGUGGUUGUAGAGUCCCCAUCCUUGGAGAUACUCAGAAAAUGUCUGGACAUGGUCCUCUGCAGCCUACUCUAGGCUUGAUUGGGGUGGUUGGACCAGAUGACCUCCAAAGGUCCCUUCCAAUCUCAGCCAUUCUGUGAUUCUGUAAAUAUUAUUAAAAUAUUAAAAUUAAGGCAAACACUUGUGCUUUAUGCAAAAGAGGCUAAAUGUCUUCAAAGGAAAGGAAAUGCAGUUUGGGAUAGUUUGCAUAAACAUAACAUCUGCGUCAGUCUGCAGGCUAUUUGUGGGCAUUACUUCAGUCUGUGUUUGUUUGGGUGCUGAUGGCUCUGUUUUUGGUUUAUGAGCUUGCAUUCCAGUGUUCAUGCUGUCCCUUUUGCCAUGCAGAGACCCCACAAGCAGUUGAGCUAGCACCAAAGGUGCAAGGGGAGCCAGACCUGUGUCCAUCAACAGCAGGAACGAAGCAAACAUUUGACUGAGUGAGAACAAGCUGAGGUGUACUGCUUGCCAGCCAGCUGCAGAGCAUAACCUUGCAUCUUAAAUACUCCAAUGCUUGUUUGAAGGCAAAACUUGCCUAGUGACAUAGACCAUUCUGGGAGAUGUGUAUCAUUUAUCUGUAUAAAGGUUAUUUCUAAACUGGGAUUGAUGCUAUGUAAAACAAAAGCUUGCUUCAUCUUCCUUGGAGUUUUUUUUAUACAGGAUGGUUAAAUUAGCCUAGGCAAAGGUGUGAGCUUAAAUGUCAUAUUAGUUUUGUAAUAAUCUCAGUGAUGUUCUGAUCGUAGAGCAAGAAAGUGACGUAUAAAUGAAGAAACAGUUCACUUUUAUUUGCUAUGGCUAAAUCUACUCAUCUCUAGUUGUCUAAGUGCAUGUUCCUUUGGAGCUCUGUAUGGGUAGCUGUGUUGGUUCCUGUGGCUGGAAAAGCCAUAGAUGCAGAGGACUUUCUUAUGGGUGUAUGCCAUGACUGGAGCUGUCAAAAGUGGCAGAGCUCUCCCAUGCAAACUGAUGGACCAUGUCCUGGUCACAAAGCUCCUGGUGGGUAGCACUUCCUAGGGCUGACUUUUGUACAUGUGUGGGAUACCCCCCUGUAUGCAGCCAUCACACUGUCUGGUACAGAAUGUGACUGUACAAGUGCUGAUCACCUUAGUGAUAAUAAUAAAAAUAGUUCCCAGUAACGCUGUAAACAAAUACCCCAAAAUAUUUAGCUCAUAAUGGCGCCAUUACAGGAUAUUCUGGAAUGAGAAAUGACUUUCAACUAAGUGUGUAAAACAAGACUUAAAUUCAGGACUAUAACCCUCAGAUACUUCAUAUUAUUAAGUUAGAUUGUGAGCUUGGUUUGCACAUAACAAUGGAAAAAACGUCAAUUCAAAGGAUCCUGUGAGGUGUGCAUUAACUUACUGUUCUUGAGGCAAAAUGCAAGAUGUACAUUGUAGGUCAUAGCCAGCUGUGAUUCCUUAAAAAGACAUGAAAAGACAGGAUAAAAUUACAGGCAAUAUGCUCAUUUUUCAGGUUUCCCGAAGCAGGGCUCAUGCACUGCACCAAAGAAAUACUGUGCCAGUACCACCUUAGUUCCAGACAUGCCAAGUACAAUGUGGAUUUUUCCACAGCCUCACCUUUCUCUGUUUUGUCUUGCUGUUAUGUCACACAGUAAAAAUGAUUACUUACCUCUUUUCCUAACCUGAUACAUCACUUUAUAUGGAACAUAACAGAAUAUUAAGUACUUCAUUCCUACGCCAGUUCAGGUAACUCAUAUUUUCAUUGGCUCUGUGAAGAAGCUAGAGUCAAUUUGAUUUUUUUCUGCACUAUGUAAUUUUCAAGGUAGGCUUCCAAAGAAUAAGCAGUUGUAUUUUAGACAUAGGAUCAAAAGAGUGGUAAUAGAACUGCAUCAAACUUACAUACAUGACAAAUAUAGAAAACAGAUGUGAUACGUGUUUCUGGAUAAAUUCAAGGUACUGAAGAUAGAGUCUUUCAAAUGUGAAGUUCCUCUGAAAUCAUAAUAAAACCUGAUGUGAAUAUCUUUUUGCAGAUGUGGUUAGUUAUAGUUGAAGUAUGAACUGUAGCAGUAUGUACUGGUUUAUUAAGAGAAUAAAAACAGUCUCAAAUUGAUUAAUUAUGAAGUGCAAAAUGCUCUUGUGGUGUUACUUCUCAUACCAGUUAAAUAAAAAAACUUAAGAAA